GAGGAAGGACUCUCCAGAUCCACAGUGCCACUCCUACCGCUCCCAUGUCGCGCUGCCUGCGUGCGGCCUUCGACAUCGGCUCGGGCGCGACGAAGCUGAUGGUGGCGGAGGUGGAGAAGGGCAAAGUGAUGAAGGAGCUGUUUGCGAAGGAAAUCCCCGUGUCCUUCGCCAUCGAUUGGAAACAAUCCAGCGACGGCAACUUGAGCGAAGCAAUUCAAGAGGAGGGCCUUUCGGUGCUGCGGCAGCUGGUCGGCGAGUGCGAACGCCUGCGCGUGCCGCGCGAGGCGGCGCGCUGCGCCAUCGCCACGGAGGUCUUCCGUAAGGCUGGCAAUGGCGCCGGCUAUCUGGAAAAGGUCUUGAAAGAGUUGGCCUUGCCGGUGCGCGUCUUGUCGCAGCACGAGGAGGCCGAGGUCGGCUUCCGCACGGCGCUGGCCUUGGCGGACGUGCCGAAUGUCAUCUGUUGGGACUCGGGGGGCGCCAGCUUUCAGAUCACCAUGAGAGGCGACGACGGUCUUCAAGGUCCAAAGCCAGGCAUCUUGACAUCCAGCUCUACCUUCGACCUGCCAGGUUACCUUGGUGGCUUGGGAACCGGGGUCGUGACCUCCAUUUGUGUGGAAGAGGUGCAAAAGAGGACCAUGGCGCCCAAAGUGACGCCCAACCCAGUGGACAGCAAAGCCGCAGACGAGUUGGUGGUGGCGUUGAAAACACGCCUGGAUGUGGUACCCUCCUGGUUGAAGCAAAGCGUCGUCACUGCCAUUGGAGGGCCGAACUCUAUGUUCUGCGUGGCGUUCGAAGCCUUAGGGAAGCGGCAGUACCGCCCCUCAGAGAUCCGCGAAGUCUUGAAGAGUGUGGUGGAUCAGACCGAUGAAGAGCUCUCCUCACGCGCCUUUUGCCAAGGACGGAGUUGCGUGAGCCACCGGGCUACAUUGUACCCAAGAUCGCAUUGCUUUUGGCCGUGAUGGAGCACUGUGAAAUCUCAGAGGUGCACUUUUGCAGCACCAUCGGCUCUUGCCCUGGACUCCUCAUCAGCGAUGAGUAUUUCCAGACGCUGGAAAACGCCUGAGGCAGCAAUUGGUAGUGACACUUACUUUACAGUGGUUUGGGAGAAAAGAUCUCCGGAGUGCCAAGGCUCGGCACUGUUUUGGCUCAAGGCCCGCUCUGCGCCGCUUCUCGUGCGCUCUGCGUCCGCGCAAAACGAA